AGGUUCAUCUCUGCAGUAGGAAGUGAAACCAUUUUUGAAAACUAAGGGAAAAGCUUUGUCUGCUUAGUUAUUGGACUGUCCCCUGGUGAGAAUACACAGGAAGAAAGGGGCAACUGAGUUCUAGACAAUGCAACCGCAGGAAUCAGUGACCUUCAAGGAUAUAGCUGUAGACUUCACCCAGGAAGAGUGGGCCCUGCUGGACACAUCCCAGAGAAAGCUGUACAGAGAUGUCAUGCUGGAGAACAUCAGUCAUCUGGUCUCUGUGGGGUAUCAUCUCUGCAAAUCAGAUGUGAUUUCCCAGUUGGAACAAGGAGUGGAGCUGUGGAGGGAGGGAAGAGGAUUUCCCCAAGGCCUGAAUCCAGACAGGAAAAGUGGCCUUAAGAGACAAGAAGACAUCUGCAGAAAGGACCCAUCUAAUUGCAUGUCAAUGAAUGUACAACAGCGAGAGUGAACCUCGAGACAUGAUUGUGGUCAGCGUAUCCUUGAACCCUGCUGUUCUGAAAUCUGAGGGUUCCCACUGCCUGGGUGCUGCAGGAAGAAAUGUAAUUUUGUUCCACCUUAGUCAUAUUUGAUUUCUAAUAUUUUAAUUAAAACAGUUUUUAA